AUGGGAGACAUACACUUGAUCAUUGUUGGUUUGAAGGCUACUGGUCUAACAAGCAAACGGAAGUUGACGUUCCAGAGGAGGCCGAACGGAUUUGUUACCAUAAGCUGGGUGUCAGAUUCGCUACCCUCAACGCAUAGGACCGAAGUCAUCAAAAGAACAGCAUCUCCCGAAUGGAAAGAGAUUGUCAAAUUGUCUCCUCAAUCAAUAGACUCGACGAUCUCAUUUGAGAUGUUCGACAAGGGUUGUGUGCGCCUACAUUCGUAUGGCAUUGUUGAAAAGACGGUUCGUGAUUUACUGGCUGGCAGUCCUAAACUAGGUGCAACCGAAACCAACGUAUCUGCCUACGCCCUUCUUGGUGGAAUCGUCAUUUCUCUUGCCGAGCUUAUGGGGGUAGCAGACACGCUGGCCCGAAUACAUCCAUACGUCAAUUUUGCAUGGAGUGUUGUUUCAUGUGUAUAUUCGGUCGUGAAAAAUCAACUAGAUCGUGACGAAGUAGGCUGGGACGGACCCGGGGUGUUUUGGCUGGAGGGUGUGCUUCGGUGUUUGAAAGAGGGUGUAACGCCAGGCUCCUAG